AUGGAAGGGUUAAUCAAACGAUUAGAUCUGGAAAAUGAUAAACAUCUUUACAAUCAAUUGUACAAAAUAAGAUCUGAAUACAUCAAAAACACCGAAGGAAUUAAUAAGUUUACACAACUUGGAGGAAUCACAAAAAUUAUCGAGUCAUUAGCAGCUAAAGUUGAUAAUGAGGCUUCUGAAAGUGGUGAUAAAAUAAUCGAAGUUAUACUUUCAAUUUUGGGAAAUUGUACUUGUAACAGUGAAGAAUCAGCUAAUCAGGCUUUUGAUGCAAAGAUCAUUGAACAUGUUAUGACCAUUUUGGACAACGCAAACAGUCCUUCGAUUGUAUCAAAAGCUUGCCGUCUCAUUGGUAAUCUCGCACAAUUUCAGAAAAUUGCAAUUGAACUUCAAUCACGAGGAAUAGCUUUGAUGAUUUCAAAUUGUCUAUCAGAAGAUGCUGACUUGUCAGUACUAACAAUGGCUAUCAGAGCAAUUCGUCUUCUAUGGAAUUCAAAGAGAUUUCGUCAUGAAAUUCUCUCGUUUGGUUCAAUCUACAAAAUCAUUGUGAUUUUCUAUAAAAUGUUGAAGAAUAAUAACAAUGCAAAUGAACAACAACCAGAAGUUGACAGUGAAGUUGUUAUAUUGAGGAGACAACAUGAACCAGAUAGAACAAUUUCUAAGGAGAAAUUACAAAGUUUGAUUGAAAGAAUGGAAAAACAUGAAGUCGAAGUCAGUUAUGAGAUCACAAAGCCUGAAAGGAAGUCAAAUGUUUCUUUCAUAAUGCCAUCAGAAAAAGCAAAUCUUGAACUUGUCUCAGGUAUCAUCAAAUGUUUGUUAACAAUAACCGCCACGUCAUCUGCUCAAGUUGCAAAGAGUGUUUUCGCUGAUGGUUUUGGAAUUUCUUGCCUUCUGUUCACAUCAAAUGAAACAAGUAAAUUUCGAGCAAUGUCUCUGAAAAUAAUAAGCAACAUGUCGUCGAACACUUUUGCACAAGAAUAUCUUGGAAUCAACAAUGAUUUAGUGUCAGAUGUGUCGAGUCUUCUUCUCAAUUCUGAUAAUCUAGAGAAGCCUUUGGAUCAUAGCGAGAAAAGAUUUUGCAUCAACAUUUUGUGCAUGUCUUCAGAAAAUGCUUGCAAUCGAGGAAAACUUCGACGAAGUGGGGUUUUUAAAAGUCUUCUUUCAGUCGCUAACGCAACUGAAUGCGAGAAAGAACUCGUUUUACUUAUUUUCAUGUUCUUUCAAUUUCGUUUUGACCAACUAGGAUUGGACACGUUACUUGAACUUGGCUUCAUUGAUGUUCUGAUUAAAAUUCUUGCUGAUUUAAUUAAGAAAAAAGAAGUCGAUCAUAUUAAGUUUGACGAUCCAAGUUUAGAUGAAGAGAGAAAGGAAGAACAGAAACAGAAACAAAAGAAACGAUCAAUUGUUGAUCCUCCUGUUGGUUUCAAUAACUUUUCGAAAUAUAUGCGUUACGAUCCAGGAUCGCCAAGUAGUUCAAGCAGUGGAUAUGCCAGUGUUCAACAGUUUAGUCCAAGUAGAUGUAGUGGAUAUUCUCCUUUUAACUCACCAGCUCGAAGUUUACAAGAUUGUGAUGAUUCUGAUUCUGAUAUUUAUUCACCGGUUUGCAGUGACAACGACAACGAUGAUGAUGACGGCAGGGAAAAUACAACGAAACAAAGUGAUUUUGAUAUUCUAACUUACAUUUAUGAGAAUGCAGAAAUUGGUGCAGAAACUAAAGAAAAUGAUGCUGAGAUGCUUGACAUUGAAGACGAAGCUUCCAACAUGACACUAAAAGGCGAUGAAAAUAAUGAAAGUUCAAAGCGACCGGAAAAUGAGACUUUAAAAGAAAUCGAAGCUGAUCCAAUAAAUCACAUUCUUCAACUACUUUGGAAGGUUUCAAUCAAGAAUGGAGAUUCGCCAGCAUUUGUUCGUCAAUCAAAUCUUCUCGUACUUUUGGCAACAGCAAAAAUUGUCAAACGACCACAUGGAAAAAUCUUUCAAAUUUUUGAAAAUAUUUUAAUGCAAACAAGAAAUUUUGUUGCGAUUCUAAAGCAAAGUUUUGUGUUCAAAAUUUAUGAAUUAUCGAGACCGUCAUAUGAUCACAAGGAUUGUUAUUCUUGCAGUAAAAUGAAAAUAAUUAGUCGUGAACUUUUGAAUGUUUACACAUCCGUUGCUGAAUCUGGUUAUGGACGUGGGGAAAUAACAAAUUUCCUUCUGACUGGUGACAAUGAGACGAAAAAUAAAAUUGCUGUGAGCUUGACUUACAUUAUUUCCUGUCACGACAUUCUCAACGAUUUUUUAUUCAAGUAUAAAGCUUUGGACAUUGUCAUGGAUAUCAGUUUAAGUGACAAUUUGUUGGCAACAGCAGCUUGUGAUGGACUAACAAUUAUGGCGAAUAAUUUAAGAAUUAAAAUCCCAUCAGACGAUGAAACUCUUCAUAAAAUCAUUCCAGAUGACUUUAUUGUAGAUGAAACAAUCUUAACAACAAAAGAUGAUGGCGAUGAAAUAAAAUUCAUAUUGAAAGACGGUGAAAUAUCUUUCGACAAAGAAACUCUGAAGAGAUCCAGUGAAGUCUUCAAUUCAAUGUUAAGUGGAGCUUUUCGUGAAAGUAAUUCAAAUGAAGUGAAAUUUCCUGAAUACACUGUUGAUGGAAUGAAAUAUUUUUAUCAACUAAUAAUGUUGACAAACAACAAGAAAUUAAAGUCAAUUGCUCCGAAAGUGAAUGACAUUUCUGUCGUUCUGCAAGCUUAUGAGCUUUCGAUUCUUUAUAUUCUCACGGAGAUUCAAAAACCGCUGUUAAAUGUGAUAAAAAUUAUAAUCAAUGAGACGAGUGUGCAGAAAGUCUUUGAGUGGUCUUUACUUAAUGUAAAUCAAGAUCUCUUAAUUACAGCUAUCUGCUUUUAUCUCUGUGGUAACAUCGAUGGUAAAACUAAACACAAACUCUUCCUGGAAGCGAUGAAUUCUCAAUAUAAAAACGAAUGGAAACAACUUAUUGUUGAUACAAUUUUAAUGAAAUGCCAAUCACUCUAA